AUGAAGACCCAGGUGAGGCACUGGCCAAACAUGCCAAAAGUGAACAAGAAGUGGCUCUUCCCAGCCUUCAGUGCCUUCCUCUUCCUGCUCUUGGUGGCCAUGACUGGCUGCUUCCUGUGGCAGUAUCACCUCCCCAAGCUGCAGACGGGUUCCUUGGGACCAGAGGUGACCUCUGCCCCUGUGAUCAUGUGUCCCCGGCACCCUGAGCCUGUGCCACUGGUCCACCCCCUUCCUGUGCUGAAGGAGGCCCUGGAGAAGGUGGACGGGACCCUGCGCCAGGCCAUGUCUGCCCCUGGCCUGGCUGCCAUGUCUGCAGUCAUCAUCCACAAUGAUACUGUGCUCUGGACUGGAAACUUCGGAAGAAAGAAUGGUUCAGACCCAAAUUCUGGGACCCCCAAUGAGUACACCAUGUACCGGAUCUCCAGCCUUUCCAAGAUCUUCCCAGUCCUCAUGCUAUACCGUCUGUGGGAAGAAGGCAUCGUGGUCUCCCUGGACGACCCCCUGGAGCGCUACGCCAGCGCCUUCACCAUCAAUAACCCCCUGGGCAUGGCCUCAGCCUCACAACCAUGGGGCAUGAUGGACGGGAUGGAGGAGGGGGGCCCAGCCCCAAGGCCUUCGCCUGUCACCCUCCGAAGGAUGGCCAGCCAGCUCUCAGGGCUGCCCAGAAGGCUGCGCUCCACUUCGCUACUAUGGAGGGGCAGCACCCAGGAGGCCCUGAGCCUGCUCAAGGAUGACGUGCUCGUGGCUGACCCAGGAACCAGGUGCCAUUACAGCACGCUGGCCUUCUCGCUUCUGGCCCACGUCCUGGCAGCCCACACGGCGCAGGGGGACUACCAGCGCUGGGUCACAGAGAACGUGCUGGAGCCUCUGGGGAUGGCGGACACCGGCUUCGACCUCACUCCCUCGGUGCGCAUGCGAAUGGCGGCAGGUUUCUACGGCAGCGGGCGGCCGGCGCCGCUCUACGACCUGGGCUGGUAUCGCCCGUCGGGCCAGAUGUAUUCGACGCCCACCGACCUGGCCAAGCUGGCCAUGGCGCUGCUGGGCAGCGCGCCCCAGCGGCUCCUGCGGCCCGACGCGGCCAAGACGCUGCUGGCGCCGCUGCUGGCCUGCCCGGGCGCCUACUUCGCCAAUGAGACGGGCACACCGUGGGAAUUCCACGCGCAGCGGGGCUACCGCGUGGUGCGCAAGGACGGCGACCUGGAUGGCUACGCUGCCACCUUCUCGCUGGUGCCGCCACUGCGCCUAGGCCUCGUGCUGCUGCUGGCCGGACCGCGGCCACCCGGGCCCGAUCUGGUGGCGCAGGCCUACGACCUGCUCCUGCCCGCCAUGGAGCGCGCCCUGCGCGAGGCCGAGCGCAGUCCCGCGCCGCCGCCCAGCGCGCGCCCCUUUGCCGGCUUCUUCACCUUUGCCAACCUCACCUUCUAUGAGGUGCGCGCGGGGCCGGCGGGCGAACUGCGCCUGCGCCAGUUCGGGCCGCGCGUGGAGGCGCUCGUGCCCGCCGCGUUCCGCACACUGACGCUGCGCCACGUGCGCGGCCGCGUCUUCCAGCUGCACGUGGCCCGCGAGUUCCCGUGCGCGCUGCCGCUCGGCGACGCCUGGCUUUCGCUGGAGGCUCAGCAUGGGCAGCUGGUCAACUUCUACCCCUUGGAUCAUUACGGGCUGUCUCCCGGCUUCGAUGUGCCCGGCCUCAACACAUACCGGGUCUUGCGGCUGCAGCGCAAGCCUGUAUUCAAGACCCAGUGA